AUGGGAUACAAGCUCCUUUUAACAAGUCUCCUUAAUUCACCACUGGCAUUUAAAUACGCAUUAAAAGUCAUUUGCAUUGCACAGUUCUUGAAACAACCUCAUGCAUAUCAAGGAAACUACCAAGAAGAUGAUAGAGACAUAGCAAUUGACUUUCUUGACCAGCCAUUGAAGCUACCAAGUACUGAACUGGAUCUGAAAGAUUUAGAAGUGGAAAUAUCAGAAGCAAAUUGCAUAGAUGACAUUCAGAAGGCUGAGUUGAACAGCUUAUAUUACCUUGUAGGAUACUGCCUACACAGCAUAAAGAAAAAUGAAGAAAUCUGCACAGGUUGUUUUGUGGAAGUGACCAGCUGUGAUCUAAGUGAUCAAGACUCAGCAACGUUCACUAUUCUAAAAGAGUAUAGGCAAGGAUGCCUUACUCAGGUAUCAGAGAAAGCAUUCUCUAUGAUGCUCAAAGUAGAAGUCAUGCUAAGGAACUUCGAUGAAUCAGUGUUGAUGACAUCAAAAAAUGUGAAAAGAUUAUUGUUGGACAAGGCUGAAGAAAUAACAGUACAUGAUUUGUUCCUCAAUUGUCAUAAUAUCAAGCAGAAGCUACUAUCAAGGUACUUGACUGUUCGCUUACACAUUCUAUGCAAGCAGAUGAAACGUAAAAGAAAACAGGAGUUAGAGAAAUAA